CUGUGAUAAAAUAUACGAAGUACACCGUAGUGCGGAGUUUACGGUUAAGCUCGUUGAGUUGAGAACUGUGAAAACCGUGGAAUGGCGGAUUACCACUUUGUUUACACGAAUUUGGAGGGAUCCUCAACACAAUGAGACGAUAUGCAGAGGAAACUUGGAAAUCUCCCGCCAAAAUCGCCGCCGUUCAAGCCACCAGGUUUCACGCCUGCCGAUGAUGAUGACUCUAAGCCCAAAGACAAGGCCUGGAUCGACCAGAAAACAGAGGAAGAGCUUGAAGAUCUCGAAGAAGAUGAUCUCGACGAAGAUCGAUUUCUCAAAGAAUAUAGGAAGAAGCGGUUAACUGAGAUAAGGGAAGCAGCUAAGGCAGCAAAGUUUGGUUCAGUUAUUCCAAUUUCAGGAUCUGACUUUGUUCGUGAAGUCUCACAAGCUCAUCAAGACAUUUGGGUUGUGGUGAUGCUCUAUAAAGAUGGAUACCCAGAGUGCAGGAUGUUUUUGCAAUGUCUGGAAGAUUUGGCUAAAAGGUACCCUGCAACAAAGUUUGUGAAGAUUAUAUCGACAGAGUGCAUUCCAAACUAUCCAGACCGUACUCUGCCAACUAUUCUGGUUUACAAAAAUACUGUUGUUAAGGCAACUUAUGUGGGAACACAUAGCUUUGGUCGGAGAUGCACUCCUGAAAGUGUGGCCUUAGUUCUAUGCCAGUCAGAUCCUGUGCUGAAUGAUUGACAUGACGGGGAACAAUCAAGAGAAACUGUUCUGGAUGGAAUCAGGAAGAAGUUUCUUGAGAGGACCAUAAAAGAGCGUGAAGAUGAUGAUCGAUCUUUAAGUGAUUGAUGUUUCCAUGGUGGUGAUAUUUCAUUUCCCAUCCUCCUCUUUUCCCCCUCAUAUUUAUACCCAGUUGCUAAACUCUCAGCUUGUGUGAUCUAGGCGCAUGAACAAAAACCUC